AUGGAUAUCAAUGCAUCGCCCAAGUACACAGGUGUACGGAAGAGGAAGUGGGGGAAAUGGGUGGCCGAGAUUCGUCUCCCCAACAGUCGCGAGAGGAUCUGGCUCGGCUCCUUCGACUCAGCUGAGAAGGCGGCGCGUGCUUUCGACGCUGCUCUUUACUGCCUCCGUGGCCCCGGAGCACGUUUUAACUUCCCUGAGAAUCCCCCGGAGAUACCCGGCGGACGUUCUCUGACGCCGCAGCAGAUUCAGGUCGUAGCUAACCGCUUCGCCUGCGAGGAAAAACCACCUCAAAACAUACAACAGCCGUCGUCUUCGUCGCCGUCGACACGUGGGGAUAAGACGGAGGAAGGAGUGAUAAUUUCGACACGUGAGGAAAUAAGUGGUGGUAGUGGUGGGCCGACGUUAGGACAAGUUGGAGAAAAUAAUAACAACGAGGACAUGUACAAUUACAACAGCAUUGAUACGACGACGUGUUGGCCGUUUAUGUGGGAGGAGAAUCUUGUGGUUCCUACAACGUCGGACGAGUUCGGUUUUUUCAUGGACGAUUCGACGAAUUUGUAUUUCCCGUCGGCACAACAACAACAACAACAUGAGCUCUCAUCUGAUUUUUACUACGAUGGAGCAUCUGUUGAAGAAGAUUACUCUCAUUACAAUAUUAACCUUUGGAAUUUCUAA